CCCCACCCUGCCUUCGGGCUGGGCCUACUCCCCCCCCACCCCGUGGCCACGCUCCCUCCCUCUGCACCGGCCUAUCUCUGUGGGGUGGGGGCGGCCAUGCACCUCGGUGGAGAUGGAUGGGAGUGGGGCUGGGCUGGCUGGGGAGGCAGGGGUUUUGCUUCUUGCUAAGGCAGCCCUGGAGGGGCCUGACCAUGGGGCAGGGACCCAGUUGCCAUCCCCAGAGCCAGGAUCAUUGGCUGGGCUGGGGGAUCAGGGCCCCUGUGGUCCCAGCACACCUGGCCCGUGAGACUACUCUGCAUGACUCCUCCAGGUGGCCAGGAUCACCAGAGCUGGCUCGCUCCCCUCUGCCAGUUGCUCAAGGUCCGGGCACCAGGCCACUUUUCACCCUCCCGCCAGGGUUAAACAUUAGUGGGAGGUUAUCAGCGUGGGCCAGGGAGGGAGAGGGGGGAAUUCAACUCUGUCUCCUCUUCUGGAGCUGCCAGUCCCUGCAGGCCCAGACAAUGCCGGUGGAGGAGUUUGUGGCUGGCUGGAUCUCUGGAGCUGUGGGCUUGGUCCUGGGACACCCCUUUGACACUGUAAAGGUGCGGCUGCAGACCCAGACCACAUACCGGGGCAUCGCCGACUGCAUGGUCAGGAUUUACCGCCACGAGUCUCUCCUGGGCUUCUUCAAGGGAAUGAGCUUCCCCAUUGCCAGCAUAGCCGUGGUCAACUCUGUCCUGUUUGGGGUCUAUAGCAACGCCCUGCUCCUGCUCACGGCCACCUCCCACCAGGAGCGGCGGGCCCAGCCUCCCAGCUAUAUGCACAUCUUCCUAGCGGGCUGCACCGGGGGGUUCCUGCAGGCCUACUUCCUGGCUCCUUUUGACCUCAUCAAAGUCCGGCUACAAAACCAGACAGAGCCAAGGGCCCAGCCGGGGAGCCCCCAACCCCGGUACCACGGGCCGAUGCACUGUGCAGCCUCCAUCUUCCAGGAGGAGGGGCCCCGGGGGCUGUUCCGAGGAGCCUGGGCCCUGACACUGAGGGACACCCCCACGUUGGGGAUCUACUUCAUCACCUAUGAAGGGCUCUGCCACCAGUAUACACCAGAAGGCCAGAAUCCCAGCUCAGCCACGGUGCUGGUGGCAGGGGGCUUUGCAGGCAUUGCCUCCUGGGUGACAGCCACGCCCUUAGAUGUGAUCAAGUCCCGGAUGCAGAUGGAUGGCCUGAGACGCAAAGUGUACCGAGGGGUGCUGGACUGCAUGGUGAGCAGUGUCCAGCAGGAAGGACUGGGCGUCUUCUUCCGGGGGCUCACCAUCAACAGUGCCCGUGCUUUUCCUGUCAAUGCUGUCACCUUUCUCAGCUACGAGUAUCUCCUCCGGUGGUGGGGAUGAGUUCUGCGGCAAUGCCUGCAGCUCCCCAUCAGGCCCAUGUCCCGGAGGCCAGUUUGAGGUUGGAGGUCAGGCUGAAAGCCUACAGCUUGCAGUUCAGUGCAAGAGGCUCAGCCCUUCCUGAUCCUCUGUGUAGCUGGCCUUGACUCAUUUCUAUCUGUGAAGCAGGGAGCACAAGGCACAAGUGAGCUGGCAGUGGUGCUGGCGACAUCCCAGCCCUGACCUGUGCCUUCACCCCUUAAGGAGCUCUGAGACUCCGCUUCUGAGAGGCCCUGCUGCCUCCUACCACCCUGCCUUUCAAAGCUCUCUCCCCCACAACCCAGAAUAACCCUAUGUCUCCCCCAAGAAUCCUUCAGUGGCUCCCAUCACCUUCAGGAAAAGCCCAAGUCCCUUCCUCCUUCCCGGUUCCUCCCUCCCCACGAGGCUGGGGUUGCUUCCUGGACCCUGAACAAGCUGUGCUCUCAUUGUCUGGGCCUGGCUAGCAGUGCACAGUGGCUGGCAGGGUGACUCCAUCAUCCCCCGGGCUGGCCCUGCUCUCCUAUGAGACCCAGGCUGAGCUGGGCCUCCUGACCAUUCCUUGACUCGCUUCCUGACCUGAGGCUGACUUUGGGGUUCUAGACACCCCACCCCACACGUGCCAUGAUCACAGCACUUGCCUGCCCUUCUUCAGAGUCAUUGAUUUGCUUCUCGGCUUCCCCACUGGACUGUGAGCUCCAUGAGGUCAGGGACUGCGCUUUGGAGCCCAGUGCUUGAACAGACGUGUGAAAUAAAUGCUGGUUAAAUGAUG